UGAUUGAAAGAACUUAUCGAUGGUUAUAUUCCACAUUGGAAGCAAAGCUCAGAAACAAUUAAGAAACUCAUCUUAAGUAAUUUCAAUGGCAGAAAAAAGAAAUGCCUACAACAUAGAAGCAGCGAUGGAGAAACUCAUGGGACCUAAUAAGCAAAAAUGGGCCACUAUGGAUCCAGAAGAACGUAUGGCAGCCGCUGCUAUAGCCUUUACCCAGAUCUGUGCAGGGCAGGGUGAGGGAGAUAACAUAAGAGAAGCCAGGUCAAACCAGUAUGAUCCCUAUACUAAAGCUUCAGUGACCCUGGGCAAGGCACGUGCUCUACCUGUGUAUCUGCGCUGUGCACAAGAAGAUGUUACAGUUUCCGACAUUGGUUCAGACACCUCCCAAACAGUCAGGAAGCCAGUAAUGAAGAGGAAAGUGCUUCGUAGGAAGCCAGAUGGUGAAGUACUAGUUACAGAUGAGUCUGUUAUAAGUGAUUCAGGGUCUAGUAUAGAAAAUGACAUGGAGCUCUGGGACUUGAGGCAAAGACUAAUGAACUUGCAGCCCUGCCAGGAAGAAAAUGAAACUGAGGCUGAAGGUAUGGAUAGUUCAGAAAAGUUGUACCCACAACAUUCCUACCAUGACAUUUCUCGGGAAGAAGAAGAAAUCAUUUGCUUCCUACAAAGAGAAGCAAUGGAAUCUCCAGUUUAUGAGCAAGAUCUGAUUGUUUCAAACCGACCUAAGUCAUUCAUCCUCCCAAAACUGGAUCAGUUAGGCCGAAACAGGGGAAAGAUAGACAGAGUAGCCCGGUACUUUGAGUACAAAAGAGAUUGGGAUUCAAUGAGGUUGCCUGGGGAGGAUCAAAGGAAAGACCUUCGUUGGGGUGUUCGAGAGCAAAUGAUCUAUCGGUCAGAGCCCCAAUCCAAGCCUCAACACAUAUAUGUCCCCAACAACUACUUAGUACCAACCAUGAAGAAAAGAUCUGCCUUACGUUGGGGUGUGCGCUGUGACCUAGCAAAUGGUAUCAUGCCCCGGAAGCUCCCUUCUCCUGUUUCUCCUUCUUAGUUCUUUACUGUCUAGUUUCCUACUAGAUCCUUCAGGAUAAUCUGUGACUACCUAGUUUGUUAACCUUUUCCAUAAAGAGAAACAACUGACUUUAAAAAGGCGAACAGUUUUAAGGAAGGACUUCAUCCAUCACUGGCUUUUUUCUUUCCAUUCUAAACAGUGUCAGAUGCCAAGUAACUUCCAAAUUGCCAUUCACAAACCCAGCACUCUUAAGACAAAUCAUGCCAGAGAAAGAACCAAGCUUGUAGUCUUUUUGUCACAUUUGAUGAUAAGCACUACUUGUAUUCUAUGCCUUUUUCCCAUUUGGCCAAACUGAAUUGUUGUGUGAUUUUAUUAGUCAAUUGUCACUCUGAUUUUUAUAGCUGCUGGGAUUUAAACCUGUCUUAAUAAAAAUAUUUUAGAAAUGAAUAAACUUGCCCAUAUCUCUACCAGGUACUUCCUAAUACAGCAAGAUUAUAUUGAAUUAGAACUCCCAAUUAAAAGAAUUCUGUUUCUGCCUACAUUCCCCAUCAACCAGCUCCCUUUCCUCCAGAUUCUACAAGAGCUGAGGGAAUGAAGGUAGGGAAUAAGAAUAUAAGACCUGCUUUUCCACAAUAGCUCCUGAAUAAAGGAAAAUAGAGUAAGUCAAAGAUCAGAUUUCCUAUUGCUAAAAGAAACCUAUUAAUAUGUCCAGCCAUUGAGACUUCCUAAAAGCAGCUUUUUAUAAUGUAUAGAUGUACUGUGUUGCAGGUCAGAACUCUAAUCCAGAAUUCCUUGCACAGAAUAGACACUUAAUAAAUGUAUAUUGAAUUUAAUUUGUUAAAUUGAAGAGUGUAAUUUAUCAGUUUGGUCACUUCAGGCUGAUUAAAUCUAUGUAACCCUAUUGAUUCCUGUGGCCAAUGCAUAUAUUAUAAAACAAAUUGUACUUAAUUAAAAUUCCAGAAUACUUUUGUAUAAUUUUGACUACAAAUUGUGGCAUAAGCAACUAAUUGCUCUUCCCAUUUAGUUACCAUUUAAAUGGUAACUCUUUAACCUUAAUUUCUUUGGGGGUAAGGAAUAGGCAAGGGAAGAAAAUGAGAAUCUUCAUGUGAGCAUCUGAAGCCAGAAGUAUACUUUAAAUCCUCCCUUAUACCCUUCAUUUUUUUUUUUUCUUAAACCAAUGGCAUUUUGCUUUAAGCUGUUAUAAGCCUAGGCUCUAGGCUUGUCCAAAUCUUUUAUUAACAUUCUUUUCCCUCAUAAGUCUCCCCAUUGAUAAUGUGGCCACUUGUGUUAAUUAACAUGGUUUGUAAUUUUACUAUGGAGUUGUUCAAAGGGCGAGUUUUAAAAUAAAAACCUAAAAUUCACAA